UACAUGUUGACCCCUGACCUGGCGAGGACAGGGCGAUGUGGCACCGACAACACUGACAGGAAAGCCGGUUGUACGGCUCACGGUUCGGAUAUGGCUUAAACUAACAUUUUCUCCAGAAAACUGGAUGUUGUUUUAUCUGACAACCAAGGAAAGGGAACGAAGAAUGCUGCAGGAGUUCGUGGACAACCUGCAGGCCGGCAUAGACGCGGACAGAACCGAUAUCGUGAGGGAGAUCGUUUCAGCGGCGGCCAAGUGUGAGGAUGCAGAUGAAGGAGACAUCCAGGUGAAGAAGCUGCUGAAUCACCUGGAUGCAGAGGAGCAGACAUUCCUACACGUGGCCACUAAGCAAGGCAGCGUGGACAUCAUACGCACCCUGCUGUCCGCUGGUGCUGACCCCGGCAUCCAAGACAAGAAUGGCGACACGCCCUUUGACCUUUCACCUUCCCAGGCUGUCACCAAUGUGUACAACGAGGAGCUUCUCCAGGCCAUUGCUCAGUCUAAUGUUGGUCGUGUGUGUCAGCUGAUCGCAGCAGGGGUCAACAUUAACCUGCGAGACUCCGUGGAGGGAAGGAACACCCCGCUGCACUGGGCCGCCUCCUUCGCCAACCAUGAGAUGGUGCAGUGUCUCUGUGACAGAGGGGCAGAUGUGAACCUGUGUAACAGUAAGGGUGCCACAGCCCUGCAUGAUGCAGUCCUGAGGAAAGACACAGACAUCGUACAGGAACUACUGGAACAUGGGGCCUGUCCACUCAUGGUGGGCACUAAAGGGAGUUACACAGGAAAGAGAGCCCUGGACCUUGCUGACCCAUCCUCAGAACUGCAUAUCUUGCUGCAGGAGUACAGCAGCAAGGCUUUGGCUAAUGGAACACUGGCUGAGGACAGCUCGGCAGAGAGUGUUGAGGGCGAGGACCCUGUUACACCUGACCUCCUGGCACACAAGAAAGCGCCCCCUCCCUUGUUGAGCAGGAAGGACAGCACAUUGUCUGAGGAACUGCGUAUACCGCCCAUCCCCAUCCCUGUGAACAUGGAGGCAGAGGGGGCAGAUAACUCCCUACAGAUGGACAGUCACCUCGUGGAUAAGAUAAGCCAUCUGCUGUCGGCGACCAAUGUGUCUGCUCCCCCGAGCCCCCUGGUGACCGAUACCAGACUACACCUGCUGUGGCCACAGCCACAAAGACUGGCACAGGGAGAGGGAGACCCCUGGAGGCCUAGUGCAGAACUGCAGGUGUUUGUUGACCAAGGUCCUCACCAGGUGAAUGUAACAGACAUCAUGGCCCUGUGGGAGAACCUCCAGCCCAGUCUCCAGCUGAUGGGGCUGCAGUACUCCCUGUGUGCUGGUCCUGCCAGGCGGGUCCCGGACAGGCCGGUGGUCGUGUGCCUUGUCAAUAGCAGGCUGUGUAACAGGAGCAACAGCUACAGGAUCACAGUCUCACAUAAAAGGGUUCUGCUCGUGGGUAGUGACACCUGUGGCCUGUGGUAUGCCUUGUGUACAUUUCUGCAGCUCCUUAAACUGUGCCAUAACCAGGGGAUCCCUGCACUACAGAUCACUGACUGGCCACAAGUCAGUUGUAGAGGAGUGCUUAUAGAAACUUGCAGUGGAAGAGUCCCGAAACUGGAGAACCUCUUAGUACUAAUAGAAAGACUGGCUCUCCUGAAGAUAAACCAGGUACAUCUGUACACCAAGGUGGACAGUCCAGUACCAGAGCCUUAUAGUCCCAGUGAGCUGUGCCAGAUCCAACAGUUUUGUCAGAGGAGACACAUGAUGUUGGUUCCUACCAUUGAUGUAACAGGAGACAGUAAUAUGGAUGGUUCUCCACUCUCUGCAUAUGUCAGACACUGUAAAAAUAGGCUCAGAGCAUUCCCAGCCUGCAGUUAUGUAAAUGUUGGUCCAGUCCUGAGUGAACUAAUUCUGGAAGAUGCCAGACAACGACUGGCAGAUGGGAUAGAUUCAGCUACAACUUCAGACUCAUUUCCCCAGCUCCCAGUACUGGACCAUCAGACUCCCUUGUUGUGUGUGAACAGCAGAGAGGGGAUAGCAGGAUAUGCACAGUGCCUUCCCCUGGGCUGUAUUGCCACAGAGUAUGGCAACAAGGCUGACUAUGACUUCCAAAAAUGUUCCAAAGACAUUGUAGAAGAAGGACAUGGACUUAUUCUAUGCCCUGGAACAGCGGCCUGGGACAGUAUUGGAGGCUGCCCAGAAGCAACUGUGAGCAACAUCUUCAACGCUACAAGAGCUGCUGUGUCUUAUGGUGCCUUGGGGAUACUUGUCUGUGAUUGGUCGGGCAGAGGUCAUCUGAAUCACCAGCCAAUCAGCUGGCCUGGCUUUAUUACCACAGCUGGUUUGUCGUGGAACCCCUCCUCUCAUUGGGACUUUGUCCAUGCCAACCUCCCAGACCUGAUCAACACCCAUGUGUACCAGGACAGAGCUGGUGUGAUGGGUCAAGUCAUCAUCGAGCUGGGUCGGGCGGAGACUUACCUCCUCAGGGUGUCGCGGCAGCAGCGUAUGAACGACAACACGGACCUGCCUGGUCAGGACGGGUCCCUCCUGUACCAGCUCAUGUCACCAAAACUACUGGAGGACAGUGUGAACAUCGAGAGACUCACACCCGACAACGUGCAGAAAGCCAUGCGACACAUCAGGCGGUGCAACAGUGCCCUUGGUAAGGCAGACCUGCAGUGCAAGGACAGCUGCCAGGUGGUGUCAGAGCUCCACCUGACUGUGGACAUGCUUGUCUUUGCCUGCAAGCUGGUCCGAGCAUUACUAUCAGCUGGGAAGAACCCUGGAGGGGUGGGGCUACCUGUCAUUAAUGUGGGUGUGGCCAACCUUCCAGCCACCACCAGGACUGACCUGGCCAACAGGCUGCUAAGUUUGAUUGACAGGUACAGUGAGCUGUGGGCGGGGUUUAACUUGGAGGCAGGGAUGGACCAAUCAGUGUCUCUCCUGACAGACAUCCUCACAAAACUCAUCCCAGAGAGUAUGGCGGCAGAGGCUUGAGGAAGAUGACUAUAGGAAUAUGUUGCCUUUUCUUUCUA